AUGGCUCUUCUUCAGGGGAAGUGUUUGCUCCUCUCACGCCUCUUAAUGCUGCUGUCUUCCAUGACUCCAUCGGUUUCUUCACACAGCAGGCACUACACUGCCCCGAGUGUCACUCGCUUGACAGAUCUGUUCUCCCACGUCUCAAUCGACCAAGCCUUCAACAAGGUGUUCGGGGCCUCGAACAUUCAGCUUAUGAGCAAUGGGUCCUCUGCAUAUAUUUCUCUCAACAAAACAUCAGGUUCGGGAUUGGCCUCCCGGAAUAAGUACUACUAUGGGUUCUUCAGUGCUGCCAUCAAACUCCCUGCUGGUCUCACCUCUGGAGUAGUUGUUGCUUUCUACAUGUCCAAUGCAGAGACUUUCCCUCACAACCACGAUGAGAUAGACAUCGAACUGCUUGGACACGACAAGAGGAACGACUGGGUCCUGCAGACGAACAUCUACGCCAAUGGAAGCGUCAGCACUGGGAGAGAAGAAAAGUUCUACCUUUGGUUCGACCCGACUCAGCAGCACCACUACUACAGCAUCAUCUGGAACAGCCAUCACAUUGUGUUCCUCGUGGACAACAUUCCAGUGAGGGAAUUCCCUAACAAUGGAGCCUUCUCCUCCACAUUCCCAUCAAAGCCCAUGUCCUUGUACGCGACGAUAUGGGACGGUUCCGAGUGGGCUACUCACGGAGGAAAGUACCCGGUAAAUUACCGCUAUGCUCCUUACGUGGCUUCAUUUGCAGACAUGGAAGUGGAGGGCUGCGUCUCGGAUCCUAGACUACCAUCGCCCCCGUGUUCAAAGAAGAACCCCUCGAGCGUAGACCCUGUCGAGGGGCAAGGUUUCGCAGCACUCUCGGAGCAGCAGCUCUCAGCCAUGAAGUGGGCCCGGAGUAAGCUCAUGUUCUAUUCCUACUGUAAAGAUACUACCCGGUUUAAAGUCUUACCCCCCGAGUGCAGAUAACGGGACCGAAAAUUAUCUCACAAUAAAUAAUUUUUCUACUGACACAUCGUACACUUCGAAAAGAAGGCAAGAUUAUCAGAUCGGUUGGUUUCGUAUCCCAAAUCAUGAGAUAGCGCCAACACUUAUAUCGAAGUAUAUGAGGUCUUGGUUCGGUUCAAUUGCCUUAUUCAUA